AUGGGGUCCACCGUGUCCCAGCCUCUGGACCAGGUGCCAAUUGCUGCGCCCCCGAAGAUCGCAGCGCCCGCCUCCCCGACGCAGGACCCGGUUACUAACUGCUGGAGCUGCCGCGUGCUCUCGGGCACAGGGCUGAUCGGGGCGGGGGGCUACGUGUACUGGACGGCGAAGAGGCUCUUGAAGCUGGGAUAUGCCCCAAGACCCGGGCAGAUUGCGCAGAUGGUGAUCGGCAUCAGUCUUGCAGUUUGGGGUCUAGUCAUCCUAUUAGAUCCCAAAAAGAAGACUCAACGGGCAAAUUGA